ACCUUUGUCUGCCUUGGCAGAAUCAUUUUGCAUCCAGGACCACGAUGAACUAUAUAAAUUACUCGGACCCUCCAGACUGAUUGAUUUCUUAAUUCAACAGUGGCAAACUCUGCUCAUAUCCGAGACCAAGCUUUCGAUCGCAACCGCCAUGGCGCCAUUUCCAGAACCCUAGGUUUCUCUCUCGACAGCGAUGGAAGACAAAGACACGAAGCUCCUAUCGCGCGCUGCUGCGAACCACCUCUUCUUGGCCCAAUUCGAGCCCUUCCGGGCCAUUCUCCGCAGUCUCCGGGCCCGCAGCCCCGACCUCGCUCGGGCAAUCCUCCAAACAGUCGUCGCCGCCGCGGGCCGCCUCGACAAGGUCCUAUGGUCCCCGUCUUGUUCCAAUCCAGCGUUCCUCACUUACCUCUCCACCCUCGAGCUGCUGCAAUUCACCGACGCCUCCUCAAUUUGGAGCUUCGAUGCCGAUGCAUUGCGAUUACGCGUUGAGUUCUUGCUGUACAUACAGGCCAUCUCGGAGAGACUCCGGGAAGGCAUCGAAUCGGAUGGCACCGGGAAAGAUGCUGAAAAAGAAGAGUUACGUGUUUUGGAUAAAUUAAGCGAUUUUGGAUCGAGUCGUUUGGAAAUAGACUUGGUUGUUGAUAGCGAGGGGGUGUCAGGUGGUGCUGUGGUGUUGGAGGAGGAGCAGUUGACGUGUUUGAGGACUGUAAUAUUGGAGAAUGCGGAUUUGUUUAAUGCGGUAUGUGGAAAUAUACAGAAGCAGGUUAGAGGCGUCGAGCAUGAUGAUUCAGGUUUAGCCAUUACUUUGAGGAGAGAAGGGAAACGAUCGGACGAGGAAGAUGUACAGGUGCUUAGGGUGAUACAGAAGACUGUUCAGAUUGCACAUUUGGAUGCUAUGAAGGAAUGCUUGAAUCAGAAUAAUGAGGAUAGAGUGGUAUCUCAUAUUCGGUUUCUUCACCUGGAUUAUGGAGUGGAGGAGACUGAGUACCGCAUGGUUUUACAAGAUCUCCUAAAGAGGGUUUUGUCAAGAAAGGCUCAAUAUGGAGGCCCCUGGUUUGCCAUGAGAGAUAACUUGUUCUUAAUUUAUGGAGAAGCUCUUUCAUCUAACUGCACGCAUCUUGUUCAAAUGAUUCAGGAAAUUAAUGAUAAUUUGCUUUCUGAGGAGACUGCAAUGUUCAAAGCCAUAGAUGACAACCAGAUUCCACCUCCUCUUAAGCAUCUUCAGACUUUUAUUGCCAACUUGAAAUCUGACAUAAACCAAGAUGAAAGAGAUUCAUCCUUGAGAAUGGCAGCACGUUCUUGCAUGAGAGACAUGUACCAUUAUGCUCGAGUUUCUGGAUUGCAUGUGCUGGAAUGUGUCAUGGACACUGCCCUUUCUGCAGUCAAAAGGGAGCAGCUUCAAGAGGCUAGCAUUGUCCUUUCAUUGUUCCCUCGGCUUCAACCACUGGUAGCUGCCAUGGGUUGGGAUCUAUUAUCUGGCAAAACAAAUGCACGGAGGAAACUGAUGCAACUUUUGUGGACAAGUAAAUCACAAGUUUUACAGCUGGAAGAGUCUUCUCUGUAUGGUAAUCAGUCAGAUGAGGCGUCGUGUGUCGAACAUCUUUGUGAUUCUUUAUGUUACCAGCUUGAUCUUGCUUCAUUUGUUGCUUGUGUCAAUUCUGGUCAAUCUUGGAGUUUGAAGACCUCAUUACUGUUGUCUCGGAAAGAACAAAUAGGAUACAUUAAUGAAUAUGCCCAUUUGGAUCCUUUUGUUGAGAACUUUGUGCUCGAAAGAUUAUCUGUUCAGAGUGCCCUUCGGGUUUUGUUUGAUGUAGUUCCGGACAUAAAAUUUCAAGAUGCAAUUGAACUGAUCAGCAUGCAACCAAUUACUUCGACUGUUGCAGCGUGGAAGAGGAUGCAAGAUAUUGAACUCAUGCACAUGCGUUAUGCUCUUGAAUUUGCUGUUCAUGCACUUGGAGCAAUGGAAAGGAGUAUGAGUGAUGAAACAGGAAGCCAUCAGCAAAUGGCUUUGUGCUAUUUGAAAGAUCUACGAAACCAUCUUGAGGCUAUCAGUGACAUACCACGAAAGAUUUUGAUGGUGAACAUUAUUAUCUCACUUUUAAAUAUGGAUGAUCUUUCCCUCAAUCUGACACAUUGUGUUUCACCUGAGAGCCAUUCUAAGUUGUCUGACUUGUGCACUGGGGAACAUGCUGAACUUGCAACGUUUGAUGGGGGAAACAAGAUGGUUGUAUCUUUCACUGGGCUGCUUCUUGAUAUAUUACGUCAGAACCUACCAUCUAUUGAACAGGACAAUGCAUUGAUGGGCAGUGUACCUACUGACGCAAUACAAGUAUUGGAUUGGAGAAUCUUGAAUGCAAAACGUUUCAUUGAAGAUUGGGAUUGGCGUUUGUCAAUUUUGCAACGUUUUCUGCCAUUAUCUGAACGCCAGUGGAGAUGGAAGGAGGCAUUGACUGUAUUACGUGCAGCCCCAUCUAAGCUACUUAAUCUUUGCAUGCAAAGGGCAAAGUAUGACAUUGGAGAGGAGGCUGUUCAUCGAUUUCACUUACCUGCAGAAGAUAAAGCAACACUUGAGUUAGCUGAAUGGGUAGAUGGUGCCUUCAAGAGAGCAUCCGUGGAGGAUGCAGUGUCCCGUGCUGCUGUUGGUACCUCAGCUGCCCAAGAAUUAGAUUUUUCUUCUUUACGCUCUCAACUAGGUCCUUUAUCUGCUAUCCUUCUAUGCAUUGAUGUUGCUGCAUCUUCUGCAAAGUCUGCUACUAUGUCCCAAAAGCUACUGGAUCAGGCCCAGGUUAUGCUAUCUGAGAUCUAUCCAGGAGGUUCGCCAAAGACAGGUUCAAUUUAUUGGGAUCAGAUUCAUGAAUUUGGGAUUAUAUCUGUAACAAGGCGUGUCCUCAAGCGUUUACAUGAAUUAUUAGAACAGGACAAACCUCCAGCUCUUCAAGUCAUGUUGUCUGGGGAGAUCAUUUCUUCAUCAAAAGAAUUACACCGACAAGGACACAAGGAACGUGCUCUUGCUAUGCUACAUCAGAUGGUUGAAGAUGCUCACAAGGGGAAGCGACAGUUUCUAAGUGGUAAGCUUCAUAAUCUUGCAAGGGCUUUUGCAGAUGAGGAGACAGAAAGAGAUUAUGUCAGGGGGGAAGGCUCACAUGCAGAUAGAAAACUUCUUUUAAAGUUUGAUAAGGAUGGAGUUCUUGGCCUUGGGUUAAGAGCUGUCAAACAGACAUCUCCUGACUCCAUAGUUGGUGAUAAUAAUGUGCAGUCUGCUAGUUAUGGUGUAAAAGAUCCGGGAAAGAGAUUAUUUGGGCCAUUAAAUGCCAAGCCAACAACAUAUCUUUCCCAGUUCAUUCUUCACAUUGCUGCAAUUGGUGACAUAGUUGAUGGGACAGACACAACUCACGAUUUCAACUAUUUUUCACUUGUGUAUGAAUGGCCUAAAGAUCUUUUGACUCGUCUAGUCUUUGAGCGAGGCAGCACUGAUGCAGCUGGGAAAGUGGCAGAAAUUAUGUUUGCUGAUUUUGUCCACGAAGUAAUUUCAGCAUGUGUACCUCCAGUUUACCCCCCACGGUCUGGACAUGGCUGGGCAUGCAUUCCAGUGACUCCUGCAUCUUGCAAAAGUUUCACAGAAAGUAAAGUUCUUUCCCCUUCCUCCAGGGAUGCUAAGCCUAACUCUUACAGUCGAUCCUCAGCCAUACCUGGAAUCCCUCUAUACCCUCUCCAGCUAGAUAUAGUCAAACAUCUUGUUAAACUAUCCCCUGUGAGGGCUGUCUUAGCUUGUUUUUUUGGUAGUGGUAUUCUAUAUACAGGCACUGGCUCAGCUAUUUCUAGUUCCUCGAAUGAUGGAUUACUGCAGACACCUGAUGAUGACAGGUUAUUCUUUGAGUUCGCUCUUGAUCAGUCUGAGAGGUUUCCAACUUUGAACCGCUGGAUACAAAUGCAAACAAACCUCCACCGAGUUUCAGAGUUUGCUGUAACAGCUGAACAUGAAAUUGACCAUAGUAUGGUUAAGUCUGAGCCAAAAAUGGCUAUCAAGCGAUACCGUGAGCAUGAUAGUGAUACUGACACCGAAGUUGAUGAUAACACUGUUGGCACUAAUGUACCGAAAACUUUGCCAGACCCCAAGAGUCCAAUCAAUGCACCAUCUGACACUUGGCAGGAGUCCCCAAAAUCUGAAUUUCCUGAACUUGAUACCAGGACUUUUCUUUCUUUUGAUUGGGAGAAUGAGGGGCCUUAUGAAAGAGCGGUUGAUCGAUUAAUUGAUGAAGGAAAACUGAUGGAUGCCCUUGCUCUUUCUGAUCGCUGUUUGCGUAAUGGAGCAUCAGAUCAGUUACUUCAGCUCCUCAUUGAAUAUGGGGAGGCAAGUAAUUCAGCCUCUGGACAGUCUCAAGGUUAUGCAGCCCAUAGCAUGUGUAGCAAUAGUUGGCAGUAUUGUCUGAGAUUGAAGGAUAAACACCUGGCAGCUAGACUUGCACUCAGAUAUUUGAAUAGAUGGGACCUAGAUGCUGCUCUAGAUGUUAUCACUAUGUGCAGCUGCCACUUGCCUGAAAGUGAUCCAGUUAAGAAUGAGGUCAUUCAGAUGAGACAAGCUCUCUUGAGAUACAAACAUAUUCUAUGUGCAGAUGACCAUAAUAGAAGCUGGCAAGAGGUUGAAGCAGAAUGCAAGGAAGAUCCUGAGGGUCUUGCCCUUCGAUUAGCUGGGAAAGGAGCUGUUUCAGCUGCAUUGGAGGUGGCUGAAAGUGCAGCAUUAUCCAUUGAUUUACAGAGAGAACUUCAAGGACGUCAACUCGUCAAGCUUCUCACUGCAGACCCUCUAAAUGGUGGAGGUCCUGCAGAAGCUUCACGUUUUCUUUCUUCACUACGUGACACUGAUGAUGCUCUCCCAGUCGUGAAGGGGGCCAUGCAACUGUUACCCAAUCUGCGGUCAAAACAACUUCUUGUCCACUUCUUCCUGAAGAGAAGAGAUGGUAAUUUGUCAGAUGUUGAAGUUUCUCGGCUUAACUCAUGGGCUUUGGGUCUCCGUGUUUUGGCAGCACUGCCAUUGCCAUGGCAGCAGAAGUGUUCUUCCCUGCAUGAGCAUCCUCAUUUGAUUUUGGAGGUUCUGCUAAUGAGAAAAGAACUGCAAUCUGCUUCUCUGAUUGUUAAAGAAUUUCCAUCAUUGAGAGACACGGGCUUAAUUCUUACAUAUGCUGCCAAAGCUAUUGCUGUCACUAUGAGUUCUCCUUCCAGAGAGCCUCGCAUAUCAAUUUCAGGUCCAAGAGCAAGGCAGAAGACAAGAACAAACACUUCUACAAGGUCAUCUUUUACUAACAGUUUGAGCACCUUGCAAAAAGAGGCUCGCAGAGCUUUUUCCUGGACUCCACGUGGUGCUGGUGAUAAACCUGCUCCAAGGGAUACAUACAGGAAAAGAAAGAGCUCUGGGUUAGCACCAUCUGAAAAAGUUGCAUGGGAGGCAAUGGCAGGUAUUCAGGAGGAUCCUGUUUCAUCAUACGCUGCAGAUGGACAGGAGCGGCUUCCUUCUGUCUCAAUUGCUGAGGAGUGGAUGCUUACAGGUGAUUUGAAGAAGGAUGAUGCAGUCCGUUCUUCUCAUCGAUACGAAAGUGCCCCGGAUAUUAUUCUCUUUAAGGCUUUACUUUCGUUGUGUUCUGAGGAGUUGGUGUAUGCCAAAGGUGCUCUGGAAUUGUGCAUUAAUCAGAUGAGAAAUGUAUUGAGCUCCAAACAAUUGCCUGAGAAUGCAUCAAUGGAAAAGAUUGGUAAUGCUUAUCAUGCCACGGAAACAUUUGUGCAGGGGUUGCUUUUUGCUAAAUCCCAGUUGAGAAAGCUUGCAGGUGUUAGUGACUUGUCAAGUAAUUUUGAAAGAGGUAGAGAUGUUGAUGAUGCAUCUUCUGAUGCUGGAAGCUCUAGUGUGGGUAGUCAAUUCACUGACGAGCUAUCAGAAGUUCUAUCACAAGCUGACAUUUGGCUGGGGCGUGCUGAAUUGCUGCAAAGCCUCCUAGGAUCGGGAAUUGCUGCUUCUCUUGAUGAUAUAGCCGAUCAGGAGUCAUCUGCACAUCUUCGUGAUCGGUUGAUUCUAGAUGAACGGUACAGCAUGGCAGUGUAUACUUGCAAGAAGUGUAAAAUUGAUGUUUUUCCCGUGUGGAAUGCAUGGGGGCAUGCAUUGAUACGAAUGGAGCACUAUGCACAAGCUCGUGUUAAAUUUAAGCAAGCUCUUCAAUUACAUAAAGGUGAUUCUGCAUCUGUCAUUCUGGAGAUCAUCAAUGCAAUAGAAGGAAGCCCACCGGUUGAUGUUUCAGCUAUUCGUUCCAUGUAUAAGCAUUUGGCUAAAAGUGCACCCGCAAUUUUGGAUGAUUCUCUUUCUGCUGAUUCAUAUCUCAAUGUUCUUUACAUGCCAUCAACAUUUCCACGAUCAGAGAGGUCCAGGCGAUCUCAAGAAUCUGCCAGCGAUAAUCCCUUGCAUAGUUCAGAUUUUGAAGAUGGACCCAAAAGCAAUCUGGACAGUGUUAGAUACACUGAAUGCGUCAAUUAUUUACAAGAAUAUGCACGCCAGCAUUUGCUUGGUUUUAUGUUUAGGCAUGGUCACUACAAGGAUGCUUGUCUUCUAUUAUUUCCGCCAAAUGCUGUUCCCCCACCUCCCCAACCAUCAAGCAUGGGUGUGGUUACUUCUUCUUCUUCCCCUCAAAGACCAGAUCCACUAGCAACCGAUUAUGGGACCGUUGAUGAUUUGUUUGAUUUGUGUAUUGCUCAUAGUGCUGUGCCUAUCUUGGAAGAAGUACUAUCAACAAGAAUGUCAACUGCAGCACCAGAAGAUGUAGUUAACCAAUAUACAGUUGCAGCACUUGCCCGUAUUUGUCUCUAUUGUGAAUCACAUAAGCAUUUCAAUUAUUUAUACCGAUUUCAGGUGAUCAAAAAGGACCAUGUGGCUGCUGGUCUUUGUUGUAUUCAGUUAUUCAUGAACUCUUCCUCACAAGAUGAAGCUAUAAAGCAUUUGGAAAAUGCAAAGGUGCAUUUUGAGGAAGGAUUGUCGGCACGAUAUAAAGCAGGGGAUUCUACUAGACUUGUCACUAGGGGCAUUCGAGAAAAGCUUACUGAAGAAGGACUUGUCAAACUUUCUGCUCGGGUUGCAAUUCAGGUGGAUGUCGUGAGAUCUUUCAAUGAUACCGAUGGACCACAGUGGAAAUACUCUCUUUUUGGAAAUCCAAAUGAUCCUGAAACUUUCAGGAGGAGGAGUAAGAUUGCAGAGACUCUUGUAGAGAAAAAUUUUGACUUGGCAUUUCAAGUGAUCUAUGAACUCAAUCUUCCUGCUGUUGACAUAUAUGCUGGUGUUGCUGCAUCACUUGCUGAGAGGAAAAAGGGUGGCCAAUUGACUGAAUUUUUCAGAAACAUUAAAGGCACAAUCGAUGAUGAUGAUUGGGACCAGGUUUUGGGUGCUGCUAUAAAUGUAUAUGCUAACAAACACAAAGAACGACCAGACCGGCUUAUAGACAUGUUAACAAGUAGCCAUAGAAAGGUGCUGGCUUGUGUUGUUUGUGGUCGGCUUAAAAGUGCCUUCCAAAUUGCUUCUCGAAGUGGAAGUGUAGCAGAUGUCCAAUAUGUCGCACAUCAGGCAUUACAUGCAAAUGCCCUUCCCGUGCUUGAUAUGUGCAAGCAGUGGUUGGCUCAGUACAUGUAAAAUUGUGGAAGGGAAUUUAGCUUAUUUCUGUGAACUGAAAUUGCUGCACAAAGCAAAUCCAAGGAGCUAAUGGAAGUACCCCUAUUCCAUUUCAAAUGAAAAGAUGGGACGCCUGUGGAUCAAACUCAAACUCAAACCCAAACCGAAGCCUAAAUCCCAGAAGUUGGUGUUUUAAAUUACAUAAUCAAAAGCUGCCUUCAUACCAUUGAGGUUUCGUUCACCAACUUGACAGUGUACUAAUAAUAGCUCUCAAGGGAAGAUGUGAAGCAAAACCACCUUUACUGACAUGAAUUCUUUAAAGCAUCAACUCGAGUGGCCUAAUGGAGGUAAUGAAAUUUUGUUGGAUGUAAGGGAAGCUCAAGGCAUUGCACAUUUUGCUUUAGUACCUUUCCCAUGCGCCUUUGAGGCGCAAAAAGGAAAAAAAAAAAAAAAAUGUAUGCCGUAUUCUGCAGUUCUGGAAUUAUGGAUGAAGAACAAAUCUGUAAAUAGUGUAUAUACAGGAGAGAGAGAGAGAGAGAGAGCGAUUCUUCAAUAGUUGUAUGACAUGGUUUGGUACAAUAACAUACAGUUCGUUGAAUCCAGAACAUAAAGAUAAUUUCUAGAUUGGUAAAGUGUAUGACUAGUGUUGGGCCCCCUUCAGAGCUCCACCGAGGGAAUGUUUCUUUGCGAUUUUCUUCACUUUAAAAAAAAAUUAUAUAUUUGCUCUUAA